AUGAGGAAGCAGCGGCCGGAUGCCGCGGGGCCGGAAUGUGACACCCAAGAGAAGAUCAACUUUGAGGUCCGCAUGCGAGAAGGCAUCUGCAAGCUGCUCGCAGUGAGCACGCAGAAGGAGCAGCUUCUGCACGCAGUGAAGAACCUGAUGGUUUGCAAUGCUCGCAUCCAGGCCUACAGGGCAGAGCUGCGGGGCCAAAAGGGGCCCGGCCCGGGCAGGACUGAAGAGCAGCCUUCAGAAAAUGGGACAAAAGACCGGAUGGCAUGCAGAGCAAAGGUUGCUAUAUCAGAUAUUCGAAUACCAUUAAUGUGGAAAGGCUCUGACCACUUCAGCAGAAAAGAAAAAUCACAACGCUAUGCAGUGUUUUGUUUGUUCAGAAUUGGAGUUGAGGUUUUUGAUACUGAGGUGACUAUUGUGGAUGAAGCAAUAACAGAUAUCUGUUUUGAAAAUGUAAUCAUAUUUGAUGAAGCAAGCCCAGAUUUCCAGGUGAAGGUUGAAUUGUAUAGCUGCUGUACAGAGGAGUCUUUAUAUAUAACAAACACUCCUAAGAAACUGGCAAAGAAACUUAAGACAUCCCUCAGCAAAGCUACAGGGAAGAAACUCAAGGUUGCACUGGAGGAAGACAACACUGAACCCCUUUUGCCUGCUGACCCAGUCAUCCAAGGAGUGAAGUACAGUUUGCUAGCAUACACCACUUUGGGGCUGGAAUGUGCUGAGGACAAUUUCAGGACCCACAACCUUACCAUUACAGGAAAUGAGGAAUCUUCUUUUUGGCUCCCCCUAUAUGGAAACAUGUGUUGCCGUUUAGUUGUCCAGCCCUCCUGCAUGGUGAGGGAUAUGAUGGCAGGAUUUCUAAAUCAGCAGCAAAUGGUAGGAGGUCUAACGAGCUGGAGGAGGCUGUAUUGCAUACUGAGAGGUGGCAAACUCCUUUGUUAUUACUCACCAGAAGAAAUUGAGGCUAAAGUGGAGCCAGCAUUGACAGUUUCCAUCAACAAGGAAACCAGGAUUCGGGCUGUGGAUAAGGACUCCAAGAGAAGCACUAAUAACUUCUCUGUUAUCAACCCUGUGUCUGGAGAGGGUCUGACACAACAUUUUGCUGCUGACAGUAGGGAUGAACUUCAUAAGUGGAUGGAGGCUUUCUGGCAGCACUUUUAUGAUCUGAGCCAGUGGAAGCAUUGUUGUGAGGAACUUAUGAAAAUUGAGAUUAUGUCACCACGGAAACCACCUUUGUUCCUGACAAAGGAAGCGACCUCCGUCUACCAUGAUAUGAGCAUUGAUUCUCCAGUGAAACAUGAGGGCUUAUCUGAUAUCAUACAAAGGAAAAUUGGAGAGGGUGAUGGUGAGUUCCUUCUUGGCCAGCAAAAAGAGCCUGCAUCUGCCCUAUGGGCGUCACUCUUUGAUGGAUCUCAUGAGGUGACUGUUCAGAAAAACAUGCAUCUGAACCCAAAAAGAGAUACUACAAGUCCUAAUGACAGCAGAGGAAAGAAAAGAAGAGCUCCGCCUCCACCCUCUGAUAAGUCACCAUACACUGCAAAAGCACAGGUAAACACAGAGCAACUGGACAAGGAAAACUGGAGGAAGCCUGACCACACAUCUACCAGUAGCUGUUCCCUUGACUCAGUAUUAGUUACAAAAAUGCAGCAGCUGCAAACACCCAUUGGUCCUUGUGGUAAAAGUGGUUUUGCUGGCCUGGAGAAUCCCAUUUCUCUGAUGAGCAAGACCAAGUCUGAAACCAAACCAGUACCAGCCCCUAGACAGAAAGGCAUCACAGAAAUACUAGACCCCAGGUCCUGGUUGCAUCCAUAG